AAACUCUUUUUUUAUUACCGUACACCUUACUAAUGUAAAAUACAUAUGCUUAAUUAACAUACUAAUGAUAGUAACGACGUUAUGUUUAACAAUGAUAUACUUGCGGAAUAGUGUUGAUUAAAUAGUGUACGUUCUAAACAUCGGAAAGUAACUCAUUACAAAUCCAAAAAAGACUUUUCAGAUGUUUCUGUUUCCAUGUCACUUUCAGAAUUUAAUUAAUCUAUUUCCAUCGGUAUAGUGAGCUUUAUGCUGCUCACAUUUACGACCUUACUGAACCCCACAUUUGCCAAGAUUCACAUCACAGUUUGUUUAGGACACACCAGGUGGAUAUCAUGGUAUUCUAGUGUAUAUGUUUCUAUUGUGACUCGAGUUCAAUAUUCAUUACUGAAUAAGCAGUAAAUACUAAUGGAAACAGAAGGAUUGGAAAACGAAUUAAUUCAAUCAAUUCGACCUAGUUUAAAUGAAUUAUUACGAAUAUGGGAUUAUGUGGGUUAUAAUAAGUUGGAACGUUCACAACGUCUAAAACAUUUUGUUGAAAAACUUGAAACUGUUCUAUGCGAAGUAAUCAAAGAGGAGAAUUCCGCACGUCUUAUAAUGGAACAAAAAAUUGAAUUAAGACGUAGAGAAAUCGCUGAUAUGUGUCAACAAUUAGGUUUGGCACCAUUCCUACCUGAACGUGGACUUACCUCCAGUGAAUUAAUGAGAUCAUUGGAUGAAAAAGCGGAAGAAUUAAUUCAGCAAAAAAGUGCCCGAUGUGAACGUUAUUGUUGGUUACGAUCGAAGAUAUUACAUUUAGAUCAUUUAUUGGGUGGUGACCAAAUAUCGGAUAUUACAAAACAUAAGCUUGAUAUAGAUUUUCACACUACCUUUCCACCGAUUAUAAAAUUUUUUGGAAAAUCGAAUUGUAUUGAUCAAAAUAACACGGAUAAAAAUGGUCAUUCAAAUGAAUAUGAAAGUUUAGAUCCUUCGCUAAUUUCUUCUAUUCAAACAUUACCAGAUCAAAUAAAUAUUGAAAAACUUACUGAAAUUUAUGAAGAACUACAAUCAAUUUAUACACCUUUAGCUAAUCAACAUGCUGCACUUCGUGAAGAUAUUGCUCGUGUCGCAGCUGAUAUUUUCUAUCAACCACAAUCAGAUAAAGAAGCUGAAAUUUUAACGAUUGUUGGAUUAAAACAUUUGUGCAAAAAUGGUAAUUCAAUUUCAACUCCUGGUGUAGUUAGACGAGCUAAUGAUGGAACAAAUUGUGUUAUGCCUAUAUCUACACCUAGUGAAAACUCAGAAGUCACUACAAAUGGUUUAGAUAAUAAUCAUGAUACAUAUGAACCUGUUGUAAAUAAAGAGAUACUUAGAUGGUUAACUGAUUGGCGAUUAAGAUUAGUCAAAGAGAAAGCUCGUUUAGUUGGUACCUGUGAAGAAUUAAGAGCUUACCUGUUACAAAUGUGGAAACGAUUAGAUAAACCGGAAUCAGAACAAAAAGAAUUCCUGGAAAUGCAUUCUGGUUAUAAACCUGAAACACUGGAAGCACUUCAGGAAGAAGUUGAUCGAUGCCAACAAAUGAAAUGGGAAAAUAUGCAAACAUAUUUAACUCGUCUUGAAAGUGAAGCUCUACGAUUGGCUAGUUUAUGUUGUGUAGAUGAGAAAAUUAUUCAACUACCAAAUGACAGUGAUAAACAAGAUCCAGAAAUAUUAAUUAAUCACUUAGAGACUAUAUUAGAACAAUUAAACCAAACCUAUUAUUUAUAUCGUCCUGUCUAUGAAUGUAUUGCAGUAUAUGAAUCGUCUUGGAAACAAUUAAUUGAUGUUGAAGCUCGUUUAAAAGAUCCAUCAAUAUUUUCUAAUCGUGGAGGUAUUUUAUUAAAAACAGAAAAAGAGAAAAAACGUCUAUUGAAAGAAGUAGAACGUACUGAAAAAGAGGCAAUAUUAGCUAUUGAACAAUAUGAAUUGAAAAGUUCAUCACAUUUUCUCUUAUCUAAUGGUAAAACAUUUACUGAACAUAUUAAUGAAAGAUGGAAUAAUUAUAAAACACUUAAAGAUACAUCAAAAUCACGUCGUUCAAUUGUUCCAACCACUAGUAAUAAUAGUAAUUCAACUAUCAGUAAUAAUAAUACUACCGGUAAUACAACACGUCCAACUUCAGCUAAUCUAACAGGAUCACCUGUAGCUCAUACUUAAUACUUAUUUCAUUAAAUGGAAAACGUUAAUUUUUCAGUUUUUCCCAUUUCGUUGUACAUACACACGCAUAUAUAUAUAGGCUGUGAAUUUAACUUUGAAAACACCAAUAAACAGAGGUUUACAAUAUCGACAUAUAAUGGAAGGAACAUUGAAUAUGGUUUCAUAUGUAAAUUUCUAUUUUUCCUUUCUUUUUCUUUAUGUUUCAUUAUAUUUCUUUACAUAGUUUUUAAUUACUUUGCUUAAUUUUGUUGUUUUUAUGUGUAAAUUGUGGUCAUUCGAAUAAAUAAUGGAUACCUACUAUAUACAUAUAUAUAACACCAAUCAGCUGAUCUAAUAACUACUUUUCCAUAAAACAUGAUUGUAUUUAUCGACACUUAUUAUACCUAGUUGAGUUAAUUCUGAAAUGAGAAAUCAUAUUUAUCUCAUAUAAUCUUUUCUAUUGUAAGAAAAUAAUUACGGUUGGGAUUAUUAUCUUGGUUGUUGUCCACAGUAUUAAAAAAACAGCCAUAGAAUGUGUGUUAUUCACUUAAUUUGACGCUUUCAAUUUCUGUGAAAUAGUUUAAUUCUAUUGUGCAAUAAAUCAAUUUGAAUUUUUGUCUGUUUCAAAUGUAACCUACUACUUUUACUGUGUGUUGUUAUCAAUGAGCGAUGUUUUUUUUGUUGUUUCAUUUUCUUUAUAUUUUUCUUUUAUCUUAUAUGUGUGUAUGUGCAUGCGUUCGUGUGUGUGUGUGUAGAUGUUUAUCCUUGGUUCAAUUUGAUAAUUAAUUAGUAGUUCAAACCAUUUCAAACAUUCACUCAUUUGGUUUUCAUCCUUCAUUUCGAAUGAAUUGGCUUGUUGUAUACUAACUGACUUGUCGUUCAUGAGCGUUGUCGUUCAUAUUAGAAUAAUAAUAAAAAAAACUGUUUUGGUUGUAGCAA